AUGAGCAACAAAUAAUAAUAAGCUAAAGAUUAUCUCACAGCAUGUUUUCAAUGCAAAGGUUUUGAACCUUUCUUUGUAGUCACGAAAACAUCACUUUUGCGUAUAUUAGAUAAUAUGGCAUAAAUAUAAUUUGACAGAGAUUUAGCAAAUGAGUUAUUUGAACGUUGUCCAACCAAUUUCAAAGGGUUGGUGAAAAUAGAAGAUUUCAUAGAAAUUGUUAUUUAGGCUGACAUAGUAUUGAAUGAAAAAAUCAACAAAGCUAAUCAAUUUAUUGUGAAGUAAACAGAAGAAUUGGCUAAAUUAACAAAUAAAAAUCGUUCUCAAGUUUUGCAGAUUCGAGUAAUUGGAGCUAAGAAUCUCCAUUAAGGAUUGAUUAAUGCUUCAAACAAGCCUUACGUUGUUGUACAUUUCAAUCAAGAGAAAAAGAGUUCUCGUUUAGCACAUAAUGAUAUCCUCAAUCCAAUUUGGGAAGAGACCUUUGUUUUUCCCAUCAAGUCUGGAAAUGAAUAAACUUAUAUUUCAAUAUUGACUUUGGACAGCACAACUAAUAAAAGCAGUUUAAUAGGUGAAGUUCAUUUUGGAUUAAGAGAGUUAGAAGAUCAAAUGAAGCAUAAUCAGUGGUUUAAUAUUUAUGAUCGCCAUGGCACAAUGAGUAGUGGAAGUUUGCAAUUGGAAUUACAAUUAUUACUUGAUGAGUCAAUGUUUUAUGAAUAGGCUCAGCAAGUAAUGCAGCAAUAAAUACUGAAUUAACAAGAGGAGAAGAAUCAAUAUGAGAAUGAUUUGAAGAUUCUUUAUGCUCCUUUUUAGAAUGGAGUAUUGCAACCAAAAAGACUAAUUGUUCCUGAUGCUCCUCAAUUGAUGUUUGUUCAUGAAUUCUCUAAGCCAAUCAUAUAUCAGGGAGAUAAGAAAGUAGAUUUGACAGUUUACAAAACUCCACAAUUGAGUGACAGUAGAGUCUUACAAAUUUUGAAUCAGCCUCCUGAAAGUGUGACUACAGUACAUCCAGAGAUUGACUAUCCAGCUAGACAUGAUCUUAAAUAAAAGGCUAAUUAUGGGUAUGAUCAUGUCACUAAGGAUAUGAAAUUAACAGCUAUUUUUAUCGUAUUGUAUGUGCUUAGCAGCAUUUAUUUGUGUUGGGUGAAAACUGAUUUUGUUAAUAUUACCAUAGCCUUAUGUACUUCGUUGAUUGUUGGUCUUAACUAUUUUGAGAAGAACCAUUUAAAUAUAUUUGCAAUUCUAAUAAUUUUGACUUUGUUAUAUGAUGUGUCUUGGUUGGCAGCCUAUUCAGGAGUUUGGUGGAAUCAAAGUAAAUCAGAAAAUCCCUAAUAAGAAUCUGAGCUUAUUACAUCUUAGAGAAUAACGAUUCUUGUCAGCUACUUUGUGAUAGUGUUGAAGAUAGCAUUAUCAUGUCAAUUAUGGAAUUUGAAAAAGAACAUAGAACCAUUGAAUAAUCAUAAAUAAUUUGGAAUUGGGACACAUCUAUAUUAAGCGAAUGGAGGACACAUAAACCCAUUUAUUUAAUGA